AUGCCGUCCAUGUCAGCGCUAUUGUGCUGGUGGGUGUGGGUGGCUGGUUUGCUGGCUCUGAUUGGCCAGUCUUCCCUGGCAGCGAUCCCGUGUAACUCCACUGAGUCUCUCAGUAACGUCGCCUGCCACACAAACCAAACCAACGGCUUGGAGUACGUCGUUUGCGAGUGCUUGCCGGGUUAUGAGCUUCAAGGACCGACGUCAGUGACUGUGUGUCUCGAGACGGAGCAGGGCUGGGGCGAGACAGUUCCAAACUGCACAGACGGGAUAAAAUCAGUGGCUUAUCUAACGCACUCUGUCACUAAUGUCAUAGCAAUCCGAUGUCUGGCACCCGACUCGCCUGCAGGGAGCAUUGUCACUCCUGCGCACGAUAGUUACAUCUCGGGGGACACCAUCACCUACACCUGCCUUGAAGGAUUCAGUGGAGAUGAAGACCCCACGCGGCGAUGCCUGCCUGACGGAACAUGGUCAGAGACGAACUUCGGCUGCCUGCGUCAGACACCAAUCGAAUAUUUCGUCUGGGCAGACGGGGAACCGACCAAUGUCGAUACCGAGGAGUGUCUUCAUCUGAGCGCGCUGCCAGGUCACAGUGACUAUGAGUGGAAUGACAACAACUGUCAAAAGACUAUUGACAAUAGCAGAAUGAUGUAUUCGAUUUGUCAGUUUGGUGAAUUGGUACACGACAGUUUUUGGAAGGGUGGGUAUCCGGACUGCGAUCCUUCGUUUUCAGCUGGGGAGGAUGAAAAAUGUAUUCAGCUUAAUCUCGGUGAGCAGCAGAUGAACAACUGGCAGUGUACAUCCUGCGAGAAGCAGCAGAGACAUUACAUCUGUCGCACAGAUUCCAAGAAUAUCACAACCUGCGGAGAUCCAGGCGUGCCUCUACACGGCACGCGGCAUGGGACCGACAGUUUCAGAACCAGCGAUACCUUUCAAUUUACGUGCGAUGAAGGGUACAAACUCGCUGGGUCCGAGUUUAGAGAAUGUCUGGCCAACGGUACUUGGAGUGGCUCGCCAACUACAUGCAACGUAAUCUCGUGUGGAGAACCGGCGGCAAUAGAGGGCGGUAAUGUGACGGUGUUGUCGACCGAAUACCGAGGCGUGGCUAUUUUGUCCUGCAUGGAAGGAUAUGAGAUGGAGGGUGACCACAGGAUAUUUUGCCUGAGCAAUGGUUCAUGGACUCGAGGCGAUUCCAUCUGCAGACAUGUGGCACACACUACACAGUCUAUUCUUACCUCUAAGUACUCGACCAGCUCCGUGUAUCAGGAAGAAAGCACCCUUAGUCUUACACAGGAAACAAAUGCCACCACAGAACCGAAAUUAACCACGAGAGAUGCUGAACACAGUGUUCCGACGCUAACUGCCGAGGUCACAUCUCCAAACGGCGCUUUGACAGAUUCAACUAACGGCCAGUUUACCCCUAGUUCUGAAUUUAGCUCAUCCACAACAUCGGCAAACACAAAAUUGGCUAAUGACAAACCUUCGUCAGCUCCGUCGAAAGGUGACGAGACUGUGGUGCUUAUCAUAGUUAUCUGUUUACCAACGUUCCUGAUUCUUCUUGCGAGUGUUGUUCUCCUCGUCUUCUUCUGCAAAAACAAACGCUUUGCGACUAAGAUCCACCCAAUCAAAGAAGACCAAGUGAUUACCCCCCAUCUCAGUGAUGACGUCAUGAAGAACCAGCAAGCGCAAGAAGACGCAGAGUCGACUCGAUAUAAGACCGCUGUGUCUCGGUCCAUCUCGCCACCGAGAGGGGGUGUCCCAUCGAUGACAGCUCGACCCCUCCAUUUUCAAAAUAAUAAUAACAACACAAGUGCAACGCCAUCUACGAUGAUACUAAAGACAAAGGGUGGGAGUAAUGCGGGACGCGGUGCAGUCCCGGUAGCCUGGGAUGAAAAAGGCUAUCAAGGUUUUGAAGUAGACUAUAUCUAG